GAAAAUCAGAUGCCUUCGUACAAAAAUCCAAGAAAACUCAAGCAGUAACGCUUCUGUGGAAGGCAGGAGCAGUCAGCACGAAUUACUUGUGUGUGUGUGUGUGAAAAGUUCGCCCCGUUUUGUGAAAAUGGGAAGAUGUCUUCUUUCAUCCACAGUUUCAACUUUUCUUCCUUGUAAUCUCCCUAAACUGGCAUUCCCCAAGAGUUUUAGCGCAAAUUCAGCGUUUUCUCAUCACGGGUUUUGUUCGACUGGAGCCAAAACCGGUGGAGCAUUUUGCACAAAGGCUGCUUUAUCGAAUGUGUACUCAAAGAUUGGAGCCGACUCAACUGGAAGUAUCCCCUCUAAUGAGCUACUCCAAGUAGUUGAAGCUGCUGCCAAGACUGGUGCUCAGGUUGUAAUGGAUGCUGUGAAUAAGCCUCGGAAUGUUACCUAUAAAGGGCUCACUGACCUUGUGACCGACACAGAUAAAAGUAGUGAAGUUGCUAUCCUUGAAGUAGUGAGGAAGAAUUUUCCGGAUCAUCUAAUUCUUGGGGAGGAAGGAGGAAUUAUUGGGGAUUCAUCAUCGGAUUAUCUUUGGUGCAUUGAUCCUUUAGAUGGAACAACAAACUUUGCGCAUGGCUAUCCUAGCUUUGCGGUCUCUGUGGGUGUUCUUUUUAGAGGGAAGCCAGCUGCAGCUACUGUGGUUGAGUUUGUUGGUGGCCCUAUGUGUUGGAAUACUCGCAUAUUUUCUGCAGCUGCAGGCAAAGGAGCCUUUGCUAAUGGUGAAAAGAUUCAUGUCAGUGGAACUGACAAGGUGGAACAAUCUCUUCUGGUGACUGGAUUUGGAUAUGAGCAUGAUGAUCCAUGGGCAACCAAUAUGGAAUUGUUCAAGGACUUUACUGAUGUUAGCCGGGGUGUUAGAAGGCUUGGUGCUGCUGCAGUGGACAUGUGUCAUGUUGCUUUGGGGAUUGCUGAAGCAUAUUGGGAAUAUCGCUUAAAGCCAUGGGACAUGGCUGCAGGAGUUCUGAUAGUUGAAGAGGCUGGAGGGAAAGUUUCAUGUAUGGAUGGUGGAAAGUUUUCAGUAUUUGAUAGAUCUGUCUUGGUAUCCAAUGGUUUGCUCCAUGCAAAGCUCCUUGAGAAAAUUGGUCCAGCAACAGAGAAUUUGAAGGGAAAAGGGAUUGAUUUCUCAGUGUGGUUCAAGCCAGAAAAUUAUCAUACAGAAGUUUGAUACGUCCAAUUUUUUCUUUAGAUGCCCUGCUUGAAAGAUUCUCUAACACUCAGAUUUUGAUUAGGUCAGUAUUUGCAUCUGUAUUUUCUAUAUUACAUAACAUUCUAUGGAACUGGACAGAUUUUCAUUGGUAUUAGGUAAUCUAAUAUAACAUGUCUUUUAGGUAAAAGGAUAUGGGCAAUGGAAAUAAACGAUAUUUUAAAUUUUUAUUGUAUUUAUUCUUGUUA